AUGUCGGGUCGAUGGGGAAGACGCUCGGAGAAGGGCGUCAUAGUUGAACCUGUUGAUUUGGGCGGGCUGGGCGGACUGUACAGAGUACGACACCCCGAGAUGGAAAUGGGCAUGCGAGAAAGGGACGUGGACGUGGACGUGGUGCCGGGACUGGCUGCGGCGAUUUGGUCCUGUCUGUACUCCGUAGAAACGUGGACCACCAGACAUCUCGAUAUCCAAAUGCCCUUGUUUCCCCAGCCGUCGCCCACCAAUCCCCGGGCUGUCCGGGACAGUUGCCUAGAGAACACGGCUUGGUAUCCGACGUCAAACACACGAUCCGGGGACGCGGAAGCGACGACGGCGACGGCGACGGCGACGAGGAGAUGA